AUGACCCAUCAUGAACAUCACCAAUUCGCGAUCCUCUCUACACAAGCCUUGGAUGUUCCCGUGAACCCGCCUCACCCGUGGUCUCUGAUUCUUUCCCUAUCUCUCAGAUCAAGGGCCAACGGCGUUUGGCCACAGUCAAUCAAGUCCACCCACUUUCCAAUCGGCGCGAGCCAGAGCCACAGAGCCGAAGCUCUUUUUCACAACUCAGCUUCCCUCGCCACGGAUAUUGUCGUUACCGCCGAUUUAACCACCAUGCAAAACUCCAAGAACCACCGUAACGGCCAGGCUGAGCCUAACCGCCGGGGGAGGUUAACAAAAAAAUCCUCUUCCUUUCACAGCCACUCAUCGGUGGCCGCCACCACGUCCGGGGCCUCAAUCCGGCGGCCAAUGACGUUGCCAGACCUUCUGUUGGACAGAAACCGCGUCGCGGCGGCUGCGGUGGAGGUUGUGCCGAGGCAACCGCCGAAGCUGUUGCUUAAGGUUACGAUCAUGGGAAGCCUUGGUCCCGUUCAGGUGGUGAUGACGCCGGAAUCGGCCGUCGGAGAUUUAGUGGCGGCGGCGGUGAGCCAGUACGUGAAGGAAGGUCGCCGACCGAUUCUACCGUCUAGCGACCCUUCGCACUUCGAUCUUCAUUAUUCUCAGUUCACCUUAGAAAGUUUGGACAGGGAGCAGAAGCUGAGGAAUAUUGGAUCUAGGAACUUCUUUCUGUGCCCGAGGAAGUUCGGUGAUGGUCGUGAGGGCGAGGGUGGCUCAACGACGCCGUUUGCUUCGUGUUCAAGAGAAGCAGACAAAACGACAAAGGGUGGUGCGUUUGGAUGGCUGAGGUUCAUGGAUUUCUCGCUCUAA